AUGAUGGCGCGCGGCGCAUUAAUGCGACGUUUGGUUUUUCGAGGAGUAUCUGAGAAGCGAGAGCUUUGUUUGAGGCGAUUUUCGACGAGAGUUUCCGGUAUUCAAGGUGAUUUCCGACAAGUGCUAACGGUAACCAGGCGAUUUCCGGCGUUGCAAACGGUAGGAAGGGCGAUUUUCGGCAUUGCAAACGGUAGGAAGGGUGAUCUGAAGCGCAGUUCGCGUCUACACUUCAGAGUGCAAACUAAGAUGUCUGAUAGCGAGUCAUUCUCCGAGCGUGAGCCCAAUGUGUUCGAUGAGGAGUCAUCGGAAGGUCUCUUUGACUUCGACGGCGAAGCGGCGGGGCCUGAUGCCGAGGGUGGGAGUGAUACCGAUGUUGAGAUACUCGGGAAGGGGCUAAUGACCGCUCCUGUGCCGCUGUCCAUUGUCUAUAGUGACGGCCGCCACGUGGGCCUCGGAAUGCCUGGGGAGGCGAGCGGUAGUCACCAGUCAGAGACCUCCACUUCCGGCUGUGGAGAGUCAGCCGCCGAACCCUCAUCUCGGCCGAGGGUAUCGAUAGUGUACCCCAGCAACCCUAGGGUACCUAUGGGGGUGCCGAAGGAAAAUUUGUUCGGCGUCGACUAUCUCGGGCCAAACAAGAUUACCGAGCGGGAGAUUGCCAAAUAUCAUGCGGAAUACCGCAUCCCCGAUUCGGUACGAAUGAGGAUACCGGGCCCUACCGAAUCCCUCAGCAAGCCGAAGGACGGCGAGGUGGUUUUCUUUACCGACGUCCUUGUGCAAGGCGUUCGGUUGCCGUUGCAGCCGGCGGUACAGAGGAUUUUGGCCCAGAUCGGUUUUGCUCCGGGGCAAUUUAACCCGAACUUCUGGGUGGCCCUCAUGGGAGUGAUAACGGCCUUCGGCAUGGCCGGUGAAGGGUGUCCAUCCUACGAGCAAUUCUCGCACCUGUACAGCAUCACCAAGUCCAAGUGUGUCGAUCACGGCAGAUGGGUGCAGGCGAACUGUCUCAGGGCUGCCGAUCGUGGCCACUUUGUCAGCUGGGUACCGACUUCACAGAAGUCAUGGAGGAAUCGGGGGGUGCUCCUCUCGGGUGACUGGGAGUCGCCUUCAGGACAGCCUGUCCGAUUCCGUAUUCCCACAAUAUUCCAAAUAGCCGCCGAUCGCAACGCAAGCGGAGAUCCAGCAAGUGGAGAGGGUGUAUCCGCAAUUCCUCUUCACCACCAACCUGAUCCAGGCCUAGCUGUGAUGGAAGAGAGGAGAGCUGCCGAGGCCAAGAAGAUGAACGAGUCCUCCAAGCACCAUCUCAUGAAGGGCUUCCAGGGGAAGAAGAAGAAAAACCAGCAGGGCUCGGCGCCAGCGCCCUCGGCAGAAGCUGACCCCGAGGACCAAACCCUGGCCGACCGUCUCCGCCAGCUCAACGCUGACUCGGCCCAGGCUGGGGCGGCAGCGGUCGGUCCCUCUCCAGGUCGAAGCGUUCCUGCCGAGGGGACUUCCUCCCGAGCAGCCGGCAAGCGUUCGGUAACAGUCGACCUGGAUGCCGAGCCUGCCCCAAAGCGCGGGCGGCAGACCGAGCCUUCUCGGGCCAUCUUUGCCGCUGAGAAUGACGAGGAGCCUGCCAACCCCGUCACCUUGGCCUGUCCGUCGAAGACGGUUCAAUUUGCGACCCACAUGAUCCUUGGUUUGCAAAUGGAGCUGAACGAGAUCGAAGAGCUGCCGAAGAAGCUCCUUUGGGAGGAGGCGGGUCGCGCUUUCUGA